AUGUCAAGUUUCUCUUCUGGGCCUUGGUCGCCCAGAUACGGCUCAAGUAUAGGCCAAUCGACGCCUUCAGAUAUAAACCCACCGCGUUCACCUUCAGGUUAUUCCUAUUCAUCAGGUUCCCAACGCCACUCGUCUGACUCUGAUGUCCAUGACAUGAGGCGCAUCGUCGUCUCCCCAGCCCCGGACAGUCACGACGACGACUCGUACAACGAAGAAAAUUCGAUCGACGAAAUACAAGAAGCACUCUCCAAUAUCGACGACCAGUUCGACGACACCGAGAAUGCACUCACAGAAUGGUCAGAUUCGCGCCCAGGUUCAUACACCUCAUCAAGGCCAUACACGGGGUCCCCAUCAUUCACCAACUUGCCCCACUAUUCGUCAGAUUCAUCUCAGACGGGAUCUUACCUGUCAUCAGCACUCAGCCCACCGCCUCCACCAUUCGAUAGCCGUGUCGCUCGUCUGAGUCGUAUCACGGAACGCACGGAGGAGCCUUCGCGCCCCAAUUCUGGGGCCUUUUCCAACAGUGCCGGGCGACAUUCGACAUUGGUCCCGGAUCAUCUGCGGCGCUCUGCCCUGCUUGGCACCAGUGGGGCGAGCCCUGUUCGCCAUUCGCGGUCCUCGACGGACCCUAGUGGUGAUAAAACACUCCCACCGCCUGGACGAGCUACCGAGCUCAUUUCGAUAUUCGAGUCACAGACUUCGGGGAGUCCGGCUUCUGGUCAUGGGCAUACCAGGGCCGCGUCGACCCCGGGAUUUAGGGCGGAUAGUCCGAGGUUUGGGCCGCGGUCUGCGUCCCCUGCGAAGACAGCUUCGAGUUCGACGACUUCGUAUGGGUCGUAUAUCGGGUCUUACUCGGAGAAGCCGAUGUCGACUUUGCUGAGUCCGCCUAGCCGACCGUUCACCGCCACCGGUACUAGGACUUACACCGAUAGUCAAGUUGGGAGCACCCUGGAGAGCGAGUAUACCCAUGGGACGCCUUAUACUCCCUACACCCAAGGAACACCCUAUACGCAAACGGAGACGCCGUACAGCACCAACAGCAAUACUCUUACCGACACGAGGACCUAUGACUCCAGGACCAACACAUACACCGAAACAGGCGCGACCACACUCACUACAAUGACUCCAAGCCAUUCGACUUGGACUGCAACUCAAUCGCGAACCGCAACGAGUAGCACGGUUACACCUAUCAAUACCACGUUGCGAAAGCCUCAAACCAGCCCUCGCUCCCCUCUAACCAGCGUCAGGAACAUUGUGGCUAUGUGGAAGGAGCGCAGCCCUGGUGUUGCGGCAAAGACCGCUAGAGACGGGUCCCCUGAAAAGUCACCGACUAAAGCGAGGCCUGGAUCUGGUGAGGUUCUCACUAAGUCUAGGGAGGAAAGUCCCAGCUAUGAAGAAGAGGGACUGGUUGGGAUUAGGAGGAGGAUGCAGAGGGCUGGACAGAGGUUGAGAGAGAGGGAAAGUCUUGGAGGAGGAGGAACCAGUCCAGGAGGGAAUGAGAACAGAGGAAGUAGCGGAAGUGGGAAUUUCAGGGAUAGCAGGUCAAGUAUGAGGAGUGGAAAGAGUGGUGUUCUCCCUCCUGGAUUUGAUUUGAGCCAGUUUAGCGCGUAUACGCAGAGCGAGGAACCGCCCCUCCAUAUUGGUUUGCUGUGGUACUUGAACGUCCAUGCUCCACCUCCCUAUCGCUGGCAACGAUGUCAGGCGCUUCUGUAUCCCAAUAUGCUUCUCUUGUCGUGGCUUUCUCCUGGAGGUGGCCGUGGUAUCGUUGCUCUCGACUUGCUCAACUGCACGAGCGUCGUCAGCGUGCCUAGUCCCACCCACCCCAGCGCUCGAGAAGACGUCGGAACGGUUGCAGCCAGGUUGCAAAUGGAGGAAGCGAGAGAUGAAGUGCCCUUGAUGGAUAUCUUGGUGCCGUUCCAUAUGGUGUAUGCUGACGGUGUUGAACGAUUGGGAGCGGAGAGCCUUGGAGAGAGAAGUAAAUGGGUGAACAGGCUUUGGGAUGCGAUUAACCAACCGACCACGACUCCCUCGCGUUCGAUGACUCGUUCUCCCACAGGCUCUAUCCGCACCAUCCUGUCCAUGUCGUCUUCCCUUUCGAGAUCCUCUUCGACUACAUCAGGAUCUCGUUCCACCGUCUUCGUCCCUCCUUUGGCCAGUAUCCCCGACAUCGACUCGUAUGCUUCGUCGCCUACCAGGUCUUUCACGCAGACCGAGCUCUCUCGACGUUCUUCCCUCAUGUCCUCCUAUCUCAGGGAGAGUGCCGACGACACCUUCAUUCGCUCAAACGAUGAAGGCUAUUCGUACCCUCCUGGCGAUCGGCGAGUCAUCACACCCCGCAAAGCCAGGAACCGCGGUCGUCGCAGUGGAAGCGUUGGAGAUUUGGAGCUUGAUGAAGCCUGGAAGAGGGAAUCGAAGGUCUCGCAAUCGAGUGGCGAGGACUUAUUCUACAGCGCUAGUGAAACCAGGGAUAGCGGAAGUGAUAUCAGUGGAACCAACUCGAACGUUUCGUCGACAUACUUCUCGCAAGAUGGAGAUGAUUCGAGGAGUUGGACGGAGGGAAGGACUGGGUCGUACACUGGGACCUAUACUCCGAUGACGAGGACGGAGCAGACAUCGUCGUCGGCGUUCACGCCAACGUAUACAUAUAGUGAUAGCCAGACUGGGACGUAUCUGGCCAGCACCGAUCACACUUCACCGACCCUUACUGGGUUGUCGCCUUCGACUCUUUCAAGGACUCAAGCUGUUCGAAGGAGGCCCGGACGCGCACAAUCCGUCUCCCAGUCCGGGAGCAGCGUUCUUUCGGGAACGUACGACGGGUCUGACAAGGAGAAUAGCCAGGUCGGAAGUGGAAGUUAUGUGAGUGGAAGCGGAAGUGGAAGCUAUCUUUCGGAGAGGAGUGGAAGUUAUGCGUCGGAGAGAAGUGGCAGCUACGUGUCGGAGAGGAGCGGGAGUUAUCUGUCUGAUGGUCGAAGCGGGAGUUAUACGCAGAGUGGAACCGGGACCUACACUCCUGACAGUGGAGCUGGGACCUUUACUCCAGAUACUGGAACUGGGACUUUGACUCCUCAGAGUGGCACGGAAGGAAGCUUCACACCCAGUGGAAGCUAUGUUUCGAGGGACGGGAGCUCGUUCUCAGGCAGUGUCCCUAGUUUGGCGGGAAGCGGGAGUUAUGAUAGCAGGAGCUACGACAGCAGGAGCGGAAGUUACGACACGCGAAGUGGAAGCUACGACAGUAGGAGUGGGGUCAGUUACUCUGGAAGCGGGAGCUACACGGGAACGUACACGCCGAGUGGAAGCGAUACGUACAGUGGAGGUGGAAGCGGAAAUUACACGUCGGACACCUAUCAAGAUUCGAGCAGCGACACCAUUCGGGAUAGGAGGAGGGGCAUUGGAAGGACCCCGAUCUCUUCAAGCGAGACUGGGUACGAUAUCUGCAUGUCGUCUGACUUUACGUCGAGGGAAGUGACACCCUAUGGAACAACUACGGAAGAAGAAAGCGACACCAUUACUCCUACGACACCGGUGAUGGCAACUCCCAUUGGUGUGCCACUUCCUUCCGAACCUCUCAGUCCUAUUCCCGACUUCUACCCCCGCAAGAACUUGGUGGCGGUUGUGCAGCCGCCCAAGGAGGAGUAUGUUCCCAGGCCCAAGGUGGUUGAUUCUGACGUGGCGAGUAUCCGGUCCGUUGAGACUUUUGCCAGUCUUUCAUCGAUUCCUAGCUUCAGGACGGCCAAGUCUGUCUCGUCUUACGAGACAGCGUCCGAGAAGCAGGAGCCCGAGGAGACAGAAUACGAGACUGCGGGUGUUUGGCAGAGUGAAGAGAGCGAGUCGAGUGAACUGCAGGAGAUCCCAUCGGAGCAGAGCACCCCGACACUCUCUUCGUUAUCCUUGAAGUUGGAGUUCCAGCACCCCGAGAGCGCGCCGACUCCUGCUCAAAUCGAGUUGACGACGCCUUCUACCAAGUCGGUCUCCAUGCCCAAGUCACCUUCGUUGAUUGCGCCUUCGUCUACCAAGGAAUCCACCCGGUCACCUUCGCUGGUUUCGGAUAUGCCACCGGAAGAUAUCCCUCUCCCGCCUUCUGUACGCACCGUCUCGUCCGUGUCAUCUCCUCCGAGCCCAUUGCCAGUCACUGCGGAGAGUCCUUCAGCGCCUACUCCCUCCACGCUUAUCCUCACGGAAAGCGAGGUUUCAACCGAACCCGAGCAUUCGUUGCCCGAUUUGCCCCCUGCGGUCCGCGCAGCGAGCCCUGUGCCAUCGAUCCCUACCACUGCGCCGUCUCUGUCAGACAUUCGUUCUGAAUCGAGCCACAGGGAGGAGCCUGUUGAGGUGUCUGACGAGCAUAUCAGCCUGGUUUCUUCCCUUCCGCCUUCCAUCACAGACUCUGGGUCUAGUACGACUUCGGUUGUGACUCCUACCUCGUUGGAUAUCUCGAGUCGUGGAGGGACUGAGACUAUCGCCCCGCCUUCGCCUCAGAUUCCGCCAACGGCAUCAUCGAUCUCCAUGUCGACUCUUUCCGCCACGCUUCCCAUGACUGAAUCCAGUGUCUCAAUGUCCACGCCUUCUUCACUCCGAGCACCAAGCGACAGAUGGGCAGCUUCGACCAACCGAUCUUACGACUCUUCAAUCUUGAAUCCUUCGCCAUCCGUCCUCUCACUCGCGUUGCAUGACGGUCAGGAUGCUUCGUAUGAGACUUCUUUCCUGCGUCCCAGUGGCUCUCCUUCGUCUGUUGACCGACUCAGCACUCUUCCUGCUUCACCAUUCGCAAUCUCGUCUGUACAGCGGAGAAGUCCUCUUCCUCCCUUGACUCCUGUCCCUGCUCUGCCACCUUCACUUCCAUCGGCCAGUGAAGCCAGGACUCCGAGCACUCUGUCAUCAUUCAGCUCCGUUACUCCCAGCUCACUUAGCAGGUCGCUUUCGUUGUCGAGCUCGGUGACGCAGUCCUCCCUGCAAUCGUUCAUCACGGAGUCGCAGAGCCUUUUGGCUUCGCUACAAGAUGAGGAGGCUCCUGUGGAGGAGAUCCCCGAAGUUGAUCUUGCCACCGAGCCAUCCUUGCUGACUACCCCUGCAAGCCGCCUUACGACCUUGACACCGGAUGAAGCCAAGACACCCACCAUGCCUACUCCCAGUGGCUCUGUCAUUAUGAGCAUCACUACUCCUCACGGUGCAGGUUCUACGCAAAGAGACAGUUUGCGCACUGUGGAGUCUGAAAGCUCGUCGAGUGAAGGUGUCUCGCGAGAUCUCGGCGCUGAUAUGGAUCGACUCAUUGACGAAAUUCGACGAUACGACGACGUGCGAGGAAUGGAGAACCAAGAACUGGCAGACAGCAUUCGUGCUCUCCGAAACGAACUCAACGACCUUUCGGAAUAUCUACAUCGCACACCAUCGCCUCGUGAAGCACCUGUUCAAGUUGUCGCGCCGCCCUUCCCAGUUCCUGUCCUUACUCAACGACCGCGCUCUGUUCAGUUGGUAGACGAGGCAGUUGGAGGAGACAGCGUCGUAUCCUCGUUGCGUCCUCUGGGACCGAGGGAUAUGGAUCCUUCCGUGUCCCUGAGUCGAGCGACAAGCUCAGCGAGCAGCAUCGGCUCCUACCUCUCGUCCCACCACUCGGACGAUGACCUUCUCGAAGAGGCCGAAUUGGAACUCCCGAUGAUGGCUGAGCCGGUGUCGCUUGGUUCAUGGACCCCAGCCUCGACGACCAUUCCUACCAGCGAAAGUGACAGUGAUGACUAUUCGGGUUCGUCAAGCGAGCUCAGUGAACCUUCCGAGCGUUACGAACGUCCUUCAUCGGUGGCCACUGCUCGCCCUGCUCCCACUCCCACAAUCAUUAUGCCAGAGAUCCCAGAUUACACUGUUCCUCUCGAGACCAUCUUGAAGCGUUUAGGCGACCUUGGAGAUGGACAGGAUGCCCUCAACCGACUAAUCGACGAACUGCGUGAUCGCCCUCAAGCUCCAGUUACUGACCCUGAACUUGGCGCCCGCCUCAACCGGAUUGAGGACUUGAUUCGAGGCUUGAUCGAACUGCAAAGUCAUCCACGAGCAGCGCCCCCUCCACCUCCCGAGAUUAUUGUCCAACAACAGCUUUCGGAACCCAGCGAUGGUUCAAUCUCGGAGUCAACGACAUCUCAAGACCGCCUGCGCGACAUUGACCGCCUUCGACAGCUACUCCAAGGCAUGACUCCUACAGAGAGCAUACACGGACCGAUCCCAAGGCAUGCCACCUCUGGCCCUACGUUGUCGACCCAGCUCGACGAAAUACUUUCGAUGGGAACAACUCUGCCCCCUGCCGCUCCUGUCCAAGGCCCACCACCGCUUAUUCCCUUCGUGUAUCGACCUGCCGAGAGGCCAAGGAGGAGCGAAAGCCCGCUGACCAUCGAUACCCUUCCAGCCCGGUCCUGGUCAGAACCGCCCGUGACUCUGGCUGACCUGCCGCCCCACCGUGCUCGGCCUCGUCGGGAGCGUUCCGAUAUGUAUCGACGCCAGCCGUCCGAAGAAAGUGAAUCUGUCAUCUCGGUUCAACGACCACCUCCAAGGGCCGUUGCGCCAUCCGUUGAGGAUACUGAGGCAGAGCGCAUCCUUCAAGACCAACGGCGCUUGAGAGACAUGCAGCAACGGCAGCCGCCUGCAUCGAUGCCAACAGCCCAACCAGCACCCCCACCGCCACCGCCUAUGGAUAGAUUCCAUUAUGGACCAGGACCCACACCCAGACCAGUUUUCAGUGAUUUCAGGGAUGAAAGUCGUCCUCCGACUGCCCCAGCUGGUCUUGGAGCCCCGCCAGGAAAGGUCCCUCACAGCUGGUACUCCAAGCGACCGCAGAAGACGUCCCCGGCACCUGUCACUCAACUCGAGCCUUCCGGUAUCCGCCAGGGUGAAGGAGCCCCGCCGCCUCCACCACCACCGUCUGGAGCCCCUGCCCAACCUUCAGGUCCCCCAGGUGGACCUUCUGCACCUGCCGGACCAACAUAUGUACCCAUGCCUGCAGGACCGACGGUUGUACAAGUACCUCUGUUCGAUUCGUUGAUGGAAAUCCUUCGAGAAAAUCGAUUGGCUCAGUUAGCCACCGUCGAUCAACAGCGAGAACUUAUGCGGUACAUGCGUGGGUUGAACGAGUGGCUCGAACGGGAUGUUUAUGACCGUCAGAAUGAACUGCGCGGGGUUAUGGCCCGGGUAGAGGCAUUGCGCGAUGAGCUUCGCAAUAUGCAGACUGCAGGCACCGAAACGUCGUCGACAACUGAGUCGCCGAUGAUCGUCAACAUCCCUGGCCAGCCUCCCGGUCCUGGCAUGCCUCAACCCCAAAUUCCAAUUGGCUUCCAACCCACGGGCUAUCCUCAAUUCCCUCAACCUGUCAUUCCACCGCACACAGCUCCAACGCCUACCAUACAUGCGCCGGUCAUUCCCCAACCUCCCGCAACGCAAGGUCAGUCAGCGCAGCCCAUCCUUGUAAUGCCACAACCACCACCUGUCAUUCCGGAUAUGGGGCCGUACGGAACUGCACCUUCGAUGCAUAUGCCCUCGCAUGCUCCAUCGCGCACGGAAGAAGGAUUCAUUCCCCCGAUUUCCCCUCAUAGCACUGGAGAACCUCGCCCUAUGCGUCCAUACGACGGCCGAUUCGACGGAAACGUGGUCGUUGUCGAUCCCGAUAGCACAGACACCAGUAUUGAUAUCAUAGACGCAGGCCAAGCGACAGUAGGACGGGACGUAGCAGAAGGUCCCGCACUCCGUCAUCUCGGAGCCACUCCCCCACUCAUGUUCGCUAUUCUUCGCCAUCGACGCGGUAUGAGCGCGUACCAUCUGCUAUGGACCAGCCGUAUGCUCCCCCAGGAGCAACGUCCCCUUCGCAUCGUCGUAGUAGCCGUAGCCGUAGUCGAAGCCGCAGCCGAAGUCGCAGUAGAAGUCGCAGUCGUAGCCCAAUCUCCGAUCGAAGCCGCCGACGGACGCCUCCUCCAACCCAACAAGCUCCUCAGCCGACUAUUAUCAUUCCGCCUGCUCAGCAGGCGCCAAUGCAACCUGCUCAGCCAAUUCAAAUUGUGCCAACCGGGAUCCCUGGAACGCCGACCAUUCCUCCUGGGACUCCAUCCGUCUACCAUCAUCCUCCACCCACUAUCCCGCCAACCGUUGUUCAAGUGCCUAGCAUGGUAUGGUACCAAGUGGGUAUCCACCCGUGAUCAUACAGGACAGGAGCUCUUCUCGCUCUCGCUCUCGUUCGCGUUCACGUUCGAGGUCAAGAUCAAGGUCGCCGCGAAGGGGCCGUUCAAGAUCAAGGUCGCCACGAACCCCGCGAACAACACAACAGCCCACUCAGAUGCUGCCACAGCAGCCUAUCAUUAUCCAAGAUACUCGACGUUCCCGGUCUCGUUCCCGGUCUCGCUCCAGGUCUCGCUCCAGGUCUCCUCGCACAACAUACAUGCCAACUCUUCCGCCCAUGACGCAGCCACCCACGGUUGCACCAAUGCCGACUGUGAUGCAGCCAACAGUGCCCAUGAUGCAGCCAACCGUUGGUGUUCCAGGAAUGAUGCCAAUGCAGCCCAUGGCACCUGUCAUUGUUCCAACGCGAAGCCGAAGCCGCAGUAG